AUGCUAACUGAUAGCAGAUAUCUACCUUUUGCUGAUUUCCUUUCUUCCUUCUUUCCGUCAUCCCUUUCUUCCUUCAUUUAUACUUUCUUUCUUUCAUUCGCAGGUUCGCCAUUUCAUUUCUCUAUUUACUUUCUUUCCUUCCUUAUUCUUUCCAUUCACCAUUCUUUGCUUUCUCUCUUCUAUCACCCUGUUCUAGUCACAUCUCUUUAUCUCCCUCCUUCUCUUCAGCCAUUCUGCAUACUUCCCAUCCGCCCUACCUUAAUUUCAACAUUUCUUACAUCACUUCAUCUUCAUUUCCUUUCCGCCAUUUUGUUUCCUUUCAUUAUUUCCCGCCUAUCUGCUUUCCUUCUACUCGUUCUCUUUUUUUCAUUAUUUAUUUCCUUCCUUCUUAGUCAUCUUUCUUUCCUUCCUAUGUGCAAACUUUUCCGUUCUUCAUUCUUUCCGUCCUUUCUUUUUUUUUUCUACCUUCUUCCGCCUGUGCUUCCUUCUUCCGUUAAAGCUUUCUUUCUUUGUUGUAAUUCCAUUGCAUUUUUCCCGCUAAAGACUUACAGUUCAUUCUUCGGUGUUCCUUUUAUAUCAUUUAUUUUUCUAUUUUUCAUUGAUGUAUCAUGUUUUUCUUUCUUUAUUGUUUUUCUGUUUUUUUUUCUUUGUUUUUCUAUUUUCCUUUUUCUGUCUUUCGUUUUCUAUUUUUCUUUUCCUUUUAAUUUUUCUGAUUUAUUUCAUUUUUUAUCAAGAGUUUCUUUUUUUUUCUUUUUUUUUCUUUUUUCAAACUUUAUUUUCCAUGUUCUUUUAAAUUUUUCCCUUUUUUCUUUUACAAUCUUUCUUUAUCAUUUUUAUAAUCCUAAUUUUUCAUCUUUAUCUUCCAUUUUCUUCGCGCUUUCAUUUAUUCUUCUGUUUUUACCUUUUUUUUCCAUUUUUCUCUUACGCUUUUUUCUUUAUAUAUUUCUUUUUUGCUUUUAUCUUUCUUUUGUCUGUUUUUUUUUCUUUUUACCUAAUUGCGCCAUUUUUUUCUCUCCUUUUCACAUUCCCUUUUUCAAUUUUCGAUUUCUUUUUUUUAUUUUUAUCUAUUUCUUUUCUAUCAUAUUAUUUCUAUUUUCUUUUACGUUUUUAUAUUUCUUUUUCUUUUUUGUAUCAUUUCUUUUUCUUUUUCUAUCUUUUUAUCUUCCUUUUUUCAAUCUUUCUUUCAUUUUGGACGUUUUCGCUUUUAUUUUUGUAUCUCUUUCGUAUCAUUCUUUAUCAAUUUUUCUUCCAGACCAUGUUAUCCUUCUAUUUCCUUCACUCCUGCAUUCUUUUUUUUUCGUUUUUUUUUCUCUUUCGCUUUUUUUAUAUUCCAUUUUUUUCUUUUUCAUUUUCGAUAUUUAUCUUUUUAUUUAUCUUUUGUCAUUUUUAUUUUAUUUUUACUUUUCUUAUACUCUUGACCUUUCUUUUUUCUAUUUUCUUUUGUGUUUCUUAUACUUUUUACCUUUCUUUUUUUCUAUUUUCUUUUGUGUUUCUUAUACGUUUUACCUUUCUUUUUUUCUAUUUUCUUUUGUGUUUCUUAUACUUUUUACCUUUCUUUUUUAUUUUCUUUUGUGUUUCUUAUACUUUUUACCUUUCUUUUUUUUUUUUUUUUUUUUGUGUUUCUUAUACUUUUUACCUUUCUUUUUUUUCUAUUUUUCUUUUGUGUUUCUUAUACUUUUUUACCUUUCUUUUUUAUUUUCUUUUGUGUUUCUUAUACUUUUUACCUUUUUUUUUUUUCUAUUUUCUUUUGUGUUUCUUAUACUUUUUACCUUUCUUUUUUUCUAUUUUCUUUUGUGUUUCUUAUACGUUUUACCUUUCUUUUUUUUUCUAUUUUCUUUUGUGUUUCUUAUACUUUUUACCUUUCUUUUUUAUUUUCUUUUGUGUUUCUUAUACUUUUUACCUUUCUUUUUUUUUCUAUUUUCUUUUGUGUUUCUUAUACUUUUUACCUUUCUUUUUUUUUCUUUUUUCUUUUUGUGUUUCUUAUACUUUUUUACCUUUCUUUUUUUAUUUUAUUUUGUGUUUCUUAUACUUUUUACCUUUCUUUUUUUUUCUAUUUUCUUUUGUGUUUCUUAUACUUUUUACCUUUCUUUUUUUCUAUUUUUCUCUCUUUUAUCUUUCUUCCCAUUUUUCUUUUUUUUAUCUUUGUCUAUUUUAUUUCUCUUUCAUUCUUUUUUUAUCCUUUUUUACUGUUUUGACAUUCUUUUUCAUUUUUUUUCUAUUUCUUUCUUUGUUUUGACUAUUUUUCUUUUUUCCUAUCAUUUUUUCUUUCUCUACAUUACAUUUCAUUUUUUUUCAUUUUUCUGUCAUUUAUCCUUUUCUAACUUUCAUUUUUCUUUUUUCUAUCUUUUUCCUUUCCCCCUUGCCUCUUAA